GUGUGUUUGUGUGUUUGUGUGUGUUACUUCCUUGUCUCUAAGUUUUGGGCGUGAACAGACUUGUUCUCCUGUAAUGUUCAGAGUUAACAGUCAGUGCUGCUGUUUUCCCUCUCAGACUGACUUCAGAUCAGAAGAUGAGUGGUUGUGUGGAGGAAGAGGAGGACGGAGCAGAGUCUCUAGUGUCCGGCUGUCUGUCCAUGAAGAGUGACUGGUCAAUGAUAACGCCUCCAACCUUCAGUCCUGAACCUGGACCCUCAGACACAAAAGAGAGGAAGAGGAGUGAUGAGGAGGAGCAGCCGUCCUGCAGUGCUUCCUGUCAGGACGUCCUGAAGGAUCCCGUCUCUAGCAGCUGUGGACACAUCAGCUCAUACUGGGACCAGUCUGCUUCACCAGGAGACUCCUCCUGUCCCCAGUGUGGACAGAGACCCAGAAGCAGACUGGGACUGCAGACAGCCAGUCAGAGCAGCAGUGAACUGAUGGCUGGUGGUCUGCAGGAGGUUUUAGAUGAUUAUAAGAUCAGUCUGAGGAGGAGAUGUGAACGUGUGACUGAAGGAAGUGAUGCAACAGGAAGUGGAACCCUCCUCAACAGGAUCUACACUGAGCUCUACAUCACAGAGGGACAGAGUGAAGAGGUUAAUACCCAACAUGAGGAGAGGCAGCUGGAGACAGCUUCCAAGAAGAAGACCGUCCACGACGCUCCAAUCAGGUGCCAGGACAUCUUUAAAGCCUUACCUGACCAACAGGGACCCAUCAGAGUGGUUCUGACCAACGGCGUCGCUGGCGUUGGAAAAACCUUCUCGGUGCAGAAGUUCAGUCUGGACUGGGCAGAGGGUUUGGAGAACCAAGAUGUCAGUGUGGUGGUUCUGCUUUCCUUCAGGGAGCUGAACUUGAUCAGAGAUGAGCAGUACAGUCUUCUGGAGCUGCUCCAUGUUUUCCAUCCAACAUUACAGAAGGUCCCAGCAGAGAAGCUGGCCGUCUCUAAACUUCUCUUCAUCUUUGACGGCCUGGAUGAAAGCAGACUUUCUCUGGAUUUCACCAACAAGGAGGUUGUGUCUGAUGUCACACAGAAGUCAUCAGUCAACGUGCUGCUGACAAACCUCAUCGAGGGGAAUCUGCUUCCCUCGGCUCUCGUCUGGAUAACUUCCCGACCCGCGGCGGCCAAUCAGAUCCCUCCUGAGUGUGUCGACAGGGUGACAGAAGUACGAGGCUUCACUGAGGCCCAGAAGGAGGAGUACUUCAGGAGGAGGGUCAGUGAUGAAGAGCGCUCCAGCACAAUCAUCUCACACAUCCAGACAUCCAGGAGCCUCCACAUCAUGUGUCUGAUCCCAGUCUUCUGCUGGAUCACUGCUACAGUUCUGGACCACAUGUUGACUACAGAGCAGAGAGGAGAGCUGCCCAAGACCCUGACUGACCUGUACUCACACUUCCUGCUGGUUCAGACCAAGAAGAAGAAGCAGAAGUAUGAUGAGGGACAUGAGACGAGUCCACAGGAGCUGAUGGAGGCUGACAGAGAAGUUCUUCUGAAGCUGGGGAGGCUGGCGUUUGAACAGCUGCAGGAAGGAAACAUCAUGUUCUACCAAGAAGACCUGGAGCGCUGUGGUCUCCAUGUCACAGAGGCCUCGGUGUACUCAGGAGUUUGUACAGAGAUCUUCAGAAGAGAGAGUGUGAUCUUCCAGAAAACAGUCUACUGCUUCGUUCAUCUGAGCGUUCAGGAGUUUCUGGCUGCAGUCUACAUGUUCCACUGUUACACCACCAGGAACACAGAGGUGCUGAGGGCUUUUCUGGGGACAGACUGGGACAAUAAAAACAGUGACCCGUCCCUUCCUGACUUCCUGAGGAGAGCCAUAAUUAAAUUAGAUUACCGACCAUCUCUGGAUUACUUCCGAGGGGAAGAAGAAGAAGAAGAAGAAGAAAACGAUUACCCAUCUCUGGAUGUCUUCCUGAGUGCAGCCAUGAAGAAAUCCCUUGAAAGUGAAAAUGGCCACCUGGACCUGUUUGUCCGCUUCCUUCAUGGCCUCUCUCUGGAGUCCAACCAGAGACUGUUAGGAGGCCUGCUGGGUCAGACAGACAACAGGCCAGAAGUCCUCCAGAGAGCCAUCAACAACCUGAAGGAGAUGAAGACUGAAGAAUCUCCUGGCAGAUUCAUGAAGAUCUCUCCUGACAGAAGCAUCAACAUCUUCCACUGUCUGACGGAGAUGAACGACCUCUCAGUCCAUCAGGAGAUCCAAGAGUUCCUGAAGUCAGAGAACAGAUCAGAGAAUAAACUCUCUGAGAUCCACUGCUCAGCUCUGGCCUACAUGCUGCAGAUGUCAGAGGAGGUUCUGGAUGAGUUGGACCUGAAGAACUACAACACAUCAGAGGCGGGACGAUGGAGACUGGUUCCAGCUGUGAGGAACUGCAGGAAAGCUGAACUUUCUCACUGUGGACUCUCUGAGACUGGCUGUGAAGUCGUGGCCUCAGCUCUGAAGUCCAACCCCUCCCAUCUGAGAGAGCUGGACCUGAGUAACAACUACCUGCAGGAUUCAGGAGUGAAGCGGCUGUGUGCUGGACUGGAGAGUCCAAACUGCAGACUGGAGACUCUGAGACUUUCUCGCUGUGGACUCUCUGAGACUGGCUGUGAAGUCGUGGCCUCAGCUCUGAAGUCCAACCCCUCCCAUCUGAGAGAGCUGGACCUGAGCUCCAACAAGCUGAAGGAUUCAGGAGUGAAGCGGCUGUGUGCUGGACUGGAGAGUCCAAACUGCAGACUGGAGACUCUGAGACUUUCUCACUGUGGACUCUCUGAGACUGAAUGUGAAGUCGUGGCCUCAGCUCUGAAGUCCAACCCCUCCCAUCUGAGAGAGCUGGACCUGAGUAUAAAUGACCUGCAGGAUUCAGGAGUGAAGCGGCUGUGUGCUGGACUGGAGAGUCCAAACUGCAGACUGGAGACUCUGAGACUUUCUGCCUGUAACCUCUCUGAGACUGGCUGUGAAGUCGUGGCCUCAGCUCUGAAGUCCAACCCCUCCCAUCUGAGAGAGCUGGACCUGAGUGAAAACUACCUGCAGGAUUCAGGAGUGAAGCGGCUGUGUGCUGGACUGGAGAGUCCAAACUGCAGACUGGAGACUCUGAGACUUUCUGACUGUAACCUCUCUGAGACUGACUGUGAAGUCGUGGCCUCAGCUCUGAAGUCCAACCCCUCCCAUCUGAGAGAGCUGGACCUGAGCUCCAACAAGCUGAAGGAUUCAGGAGUGAAGCGGCUGUGUGCUGGACUGGAGAGUCCAAACUGCAGACUGGAGACUCUGAGAUUGAAGCACUGCAGUUUGUCAGAGAUCAGCUGUGCUUCUCUGGCCUCAGCUCUGAAGUCCAACCCCUCCCAUCUGAGAGAGCUGGACCUGAGAGACAACAAGCUGCAGGAUUCAGGAGUGAAGCUGCUGUGUGAUCUUCUGCAGAGUCCAAACUGCAGACUGGAGACUCUGAGGGUGGAUGACGGAGUAUUCAGGGCUCCACCUGACAGAUAUGAAGGACAUCCGUCCACGUCCAACCCAACCCUGGAUGAGUCUGAGGACAGCAGGAAGGAGAGUGUGGAUGAAGAGGAUCCGCUGUGUCCUGAUGAUCCAGAGAAGUCCAAGCAGCAGCUGGUGUGUGGAGAGGCUCUCAAUGCAAACGAAAAGUUCAGUUUCACACCUGAACUGCUGACUGAGUCUGGAAAGACUUCAUACAGGUUCAGGUGUCCCGGUCCAGGUGUGUUCCAGUGUGCUUUGACUGGACUGGUGUUUGUUUUGGCUCAGGAGGCGGAGCUUCAGUACAACACUGUCAUAUGGGACGAGAGCCUCGUCCAAUCAGCUGGCAGGAUGGCUGCAGGGCCGCUGUUCAGAAUCGAGAGUUCAGAUGAUGCUGCUGUCUGUCAGCUCCACCUGCCACACUGUGAAACAGAGGAAGCGCUGCGUGUUGACGGCCUGUUGUCUGUCGUCCACAUCACUGAUGAUGGAAUGAGCUUCUUGGAGCCGCUGGAGGUCUCAGACACUCAUGUGAUGGUGAAGGUUCCUCACCUCUCUGCCUUUGGUCUGACUCGCAUCACCACAUGGCUUCGGAGCAUCGUUUGGCCAAUAAAGGCCCAAGUUCUGCUGUUCCUGCGACCUCCCAUCAGAAGGUUUCCAGUACUGGAUGUAUUACUGCUGCCUGGCAACGUUCCUCUAACUGAGGUUCCAGAGAGACAUAGCCGUGGUGAGCACCUCCUGAUCCCUGCCCACUGUGAACUGAUCGUAGGUAAACCCUACAAGGUUCACUGUUCACCUGGGAACUUGAAAGUACAGCCGAAGCGUGAUAAAUUUCGCUUAGACUAUGGACCAAAUUACCAUCCAACAUUUCAAGUGUCACUGAAUCCGAUCCCAGAGAACGUGACUUUGACGGUCCAGGAUGAAGAGGGGCGAGAAGUCUGGGCACAUGACGUGGAUCUGCCAGGCCAGUCUCCCAGCACGACAAACACUGAAGCUGUUUCUGAGCAAACUGAAGGUCCAGGAAGAAAUGUCCCAGCAGAGGACAGCGUCCCAGCAGAGGACAGCGUCCCAGCAGAGGACGCUGACCCACCAGAAGAGAAGCUGUUGUUGGUUCGGACAGAGUUUGUAAAAAGAGUCUCUGAUCCUGUUCUGAACCAGCUUCUGGAUAAACUCCUGGAGCUUCACGUUAUAAAUGAUGAAGAAAUGCAGUCACUCAGAGCGAAAGGCCGAGCAGACAGAGCACGAGACGUGAUGGACACGGUGAGAAGAAAAGGAAGAGCAGCCAGCUCAGUCCUGAUGGAGGCUCUCUGGGAGCUGGAUCCACACCUUUCCACAGUGCUGAGGCUCAGAUGAAACAAGAAGCUGAAGUGUGACGAUCCAAACUGAUGUCAGAGUGUUGUUCUCUGUUUCAGCCACUAGAUGGAGGCAGAACGUCUCUGCAGCAGAUUUCUGAGUGACGAUUGGACGCCUGAUUUUAAAGGAUUACUGCACAAUAUUUUUUUACAGUUUGUCAUGUACAUGUUCAUCUCUUCUUGGUGUCAGAAAUCUUCAGGAGUAUUCAGAGAAAAGGCCGGAAGGAAAGGAACAAUAGUGCAUGAGUUGAUUUGACGUUGACUGUUUUUGAUGUAAAAUAUUGCAAUUGAUAACCAGGGACAUUUAAAAUAAUUUCUGUCGAUGGAAAAUUCCCUUUUUUCAUACAUACCAAAUCCAAAAUUGUUAGAUGGAGAAAAAUUGUGUCUCUCUUUAUUGAGAGCAACAUAAUUUGUUUGAACAAAUGUGUAGGCCAAAUUUUUUUGUUCGCUUUUGUUUUAGUCUUUACCUAUUACAAAGACCACCAACAUUUGGUGAACACAAAAAUAAGUCAUAGUAUAGUAUGUUUAUUUUUGUCAAAAAUGGUUAAACUUUGAAAAGUCUCAAAAUGUUAAAAAUGGCCCAAUUAUACUAGUUGAUACAUAUCAGAGCAUAAUUUAUCCUGAAAUGACAGGAAAAAAGCUUAUUAUGGGAUGUCCAACAUUUGGAGAGAAAAAAAGUCAUAGUAUAGCAUGUAGAUUUUUGUCAAAAAUGGUCAAAUAUUAAAAUGCCUAAAAAUGUUAAAAGUGGACCAAUUAUAGUAUGUUGAUACAUAAUACCACAUAAUUUUUUCCUGAAACUCCAUAUUAUAGGAUGUCCAAACAUGUUGUUUUUUGUCAAAACUGAUCAAAUUUUAAAAUGCUUUAAAAUGUAUAAAAUGGGUCAAUUAUAACCUUUUUUUUAAUUCACUUUUUAUUGAGGAAUUUUUGUAACAUUUUAUACAGAACAAAGAACAAGAACAGUUGGGUCGGGGGGUACCAAUAUCGCACAGCAUCAUCAUUUUCUCCUAUUAGCAUUCUUUGCAGCAGUCGUUGUUAGUUAAAUGACAGUUUUAUAUAAAAUCAGAACUUGUAGCUUAACAUAUUCUGUCCAUUUUGACCAGGUUUUGUAAAAUUAGUCCAUUUGUAACUUCAGAUGAAAAGUCACUUUUUUCCAUUGUGUAGAUGUCUUGUAUGAUGUUGAUCCAGUCCUCAUUUUGUGGUUGCUCAGGUAACGGCCUUUUUGCUUGCUGCUAAAAGAAUAUAAAGCAAUUUCUUGUCUGCAUUGCUAAAGCCGUCUAGAAAUAUGUUACCGAGAUACACAGUUUCAAAUAAAAAGGGGAAAACAAUUGAGAAAUUUCGAGAAAUGGGAAAUUCUUGCUUGUUUGACUGCGUUAUUGUAAGUUUUGAGUUGUUCACGUAGUAUUUCAUGAUGAACUGUCAAUUUAGUUUUUCUCCACCUUCUCUCUGCACACUUUUAGUUUUUUGAUAUUGGCAGUUCUCCACGGUGGUACAUGGCCUUAAUGGCAGAGUGAUGCAACAGCGCUCCCGGCUUUAAUGGUAGAAAUGCGGUAAUGCUUUCCCGGCGUCAAUGGGUUAAAUAAGAGAUCAAAACACUUGAUAAACAACGAUCAGUUUAGUGAUUGGUCACUUGAUGACUGAUGAUGAAGAUCUGAACGAUUCUUCCAACAUUUGAACUCGUUUCUCUGAUUUACUUUGGUGAAACUUUAGAAUCUCUGUCAGCUUCAGAAAACAUGUUUUUGGUUGUGAAAUGUUGUGAUUGAAAGACAAAGUGAAGCUUUAAUGAGAAGAAGUUUGUCAGCAGUCUGUCCCAACAAUCCAACCGUUAGCUGCAGCUUCUCCUCUCAGCAGCAGAGUGAU